AAGCAUCAGUUGCUCUCCUGCACUCGAAAAACAUGAAGGUUCUGGUUCUCUUCGCUCUGGGUCUGGUCGCCCUGGCCGCUGCCAUGCCCUCCGACAUCAUCGACUUCGAGGAGGACCACAUGGAGCACGAGCAGGAGGGCGUGCCGGGAACGGCCGUGGAGGGCGAGUACUCGUGGGUAGCGCCCGACGGCAACGAGUACCACGUCAAGUACGUCGCCGACCGCUUCGGUUACCGAGUCGUCGAGGACAACGUGGUGCCCAGGAUGCGCAGCGACGUGGCUGAAUUCGACGACGAUGACGACUGAGCUUGAAACGAACCAGAAAGUUUUACGAAUCCACCAGAUCAGUUACAAAUGAAGCUGAAAUAAAGCAUUCAUUUUAUAA